CUUCAAGUCCCAUAAUGCAGCUGUGACGCUGCCCACGACACAAGCGGCGAGCCAGUGAGCAGCAGGUAAACAAACCUAUCUCACACGGAGAGCCAAACAAAGCGUAUGCGCUGCUUGACCGUCUGGAAUUUUUAAAUGGCGAGGACGAUGACAGUCGAAAAAGAGAGGCGUUUGCUGUCACCACUCCAGUAAAACAGUCGCUGAAUUGUUAUUCAACCGAGAGGCGAGUCGACGACGAACAGAAGGACGAGUUUAACCUGCUGCGGAGAAACGACCGUCGAUAUCUGCGCAUGAUGCAUUGCAGCACUUUUGCGAAAAUGGGUGUUUGUAGCCUCAUUCUCAGAAUAGAGUAUCUGUUCCGAGAUGUCGGCUGGGUUCUUUAGCUACCGUAUCGCUCAAAACAAGAUCCCCUCUGGCGACCUGCAACAUGGGGCCCAUCAUGCAGGAACGCACAGCAACCACGACACUGAAACGCGUCGUCUCCAAAGAGAAGAUUCGGGUAAAAAAUACUGAAAAUAGCGGACCAGUAACCAGUUCAAAGAGAGGUAACAAGAUGAAGAAAGCAGUGGGCCAAAUGAAAAAUGGCCUCCCAGGACCAGGUCAGGAUAAGGACACACUGGCAGCAGGGCAAAGGGGUGCACAGUCAAAAGGUGGCAAGGUCAAAUCUGGCGCUACACGGAAUACAAGCAAACUGUCCAGCCCUGAAGAAGAAGGAGAUUUGAGACGUCAACUCUGCAAACACUCAUCUGUGCACCGGAAAGAGGAGAAACGCGAAAAUCAGCGGAUGUCGCAGUGCAGCGAUGAGCUACACCAGAAUCGUGGAGGGAUGGGGAAGAAUCGGCGAGCCCUCUCCCUGCCUCUCUCCCCAAUAUCAGGCCUACGACACAUGCCUGCGCACCCCCUAACACACUCCCCAGCCCCCACCCCAGAGGCACUACAGCAUCACUACAGCCAGAAGGAUAUUGACGAUGACAGCGCCAGUGAUCUGUCAGACUCCGAGAGGCUGCCCGUGCUGCCUUCUCCUUGUACCCCCUGCACCCCUCCUCACCUCAACCUCCGCGCAGAGGUCAUUAACAGUAAUGACUUUCCCCCAGACUUUCCAGGACCAUGUGGGAAUGUGGGUGAUGAAGAUGAGAGUGAAAAACCUAGCUAUAGUUACCCAGACUUUCUGCCUCCUCCGUUCAACAGCUGGAGCCUGAGACAGCUGGCAGUGUUUAUUCAUACAGAGGGACGUGGCGCCCCCCGGCCCAAGCCUGUAGGGCUCUUGGAGAAGUACCUGGAGAGGCUGCUGCAGCUGGAGUGGCUCCAGAUCCAAACGGCGCAAGCAGAGAGCAGCCGUCCACCUGGGAGCCGCUCAAGGCCACAGGGAUUCCCCUCUGCCACCACCGCUCACCCACCCAGGCCUCACACAGCUCCACCGUCCCGACUGAACUCUCCUAAAGGGCUGCGGCACAGCCAGCGAGCCUUCCCAUUUGCACCUGUUAACAACCCCCCAUCACCUGCCUCAGCCCAGCACCAGCACUCCCGCUUCCCAGUUUGCCCUCACUGUCACAUUCGCUACCCGCUGUGCAACGGAAGCUGCUCUGCCUAUGCCUACCAGCGGCACUCGCGGCUCAGCCCACUGCUUGAGCGAAGAGACAGAUCUGGGGCUCCAGCGAAGAGGAGCAGCAGUGAGACCCGAGCAACCUCCACGGAAGGUAGGAGCCCAGGAGGGCAAGGGGGAGGAGGAGCCCGCACCCCAGUUAGCCCCCCAGCAGGAAGGAGUCAUCUCAGAAACAUGCAGGCCGCAGGCAAUUCUCGUAAGCAACCCCAGGAAUAUGGAAGUAACCCGAACAGCAGAGGUCAGGUGAGGAAAAGCCGAGUCAGAGCAAACUCUGAGACAGAUGUUAAAAAAGAGCCCGGUGGCAGUAAAGUGGCUGGUUCAGAGAAGAGAGUUUUUGCUGCAGGUAAGAGAGAGGUCAUCACCUCCAAGAGAGUAGAGAAGGACUGGCAGAGGACAGAGGCGGGAGGUCAGGUCUCUAAAACCGCCAUGAAAAGAGCUGCUAAAGAGCCACAGUCUCUCUCCAAAGCACCUCUAAAUAGUAAGCAGAAUGGCAAAACAAAAAAUGUGCACUUUGUUGCAAAAUAAGCCCCAUAGAUCUACAGUAUAGUGCUUUACUUAGUGGUUACUGGUACAGGAGCUCGAACCUAUGCUUGCUUUCUGUGUAAUCUGUGUAAUACUAACAUGUUCUAACUGUUGUACAGCAGUCUAAAUCAGUGAGUGGUGUACAGCCUUCAAAAGGUCAAAACUAACAAGAGCUUGAGCAGCUAGAAUAGUGAAAAAACAGCAAUGAUAUCAAAGUAUAAUGUGACACUUAAUAAAACAGACAUAUAUAUAUACAUAUUGUGUUUCAUUUAAAAUGUACAGUAAGUAUACAGUCAUAAUGUUGGACAGUGUUUUGACAGACAGGUCAUUAUGACCAUUAACACUACAACGAUUCUAAAAACAGCUUGUAUGUAAAUUGAGCUCUGUUGCACUGCACAGUCAUCUCUCAGUAUGCUACAAAUGUUGAAAUAGGAAUAAAAUAAGCAUCUACUGUACCACUGGAUAGCUUUCUUCAUAAGUAAUCUAUAGUGAAGUUGAACACAGAUCAUUAUGUUUUUCGUCACUGAAUACAACCAUAUCGUUUACUAGUGGAGUUUUUGAUGUUGGAAUGUAUUUGUUUUCAUUGCUCUUACUUUACUUGAUGUUGCUUUUUAUUCGUUUAUGUGGUGCCUCAUGUUUUCAGGCAUAUUGUUCAGUUAAAGCAUCUUUAGGUGAAAAGAAGUAGGUGUAAUAAGUGAUGGUGUACUGCAGUAAUGCAGCUUGUUUCAGAUAUAUGGUUUUGAAAUUUUGGUUACAAGGGCUUCCCAUGUAUGAACAGCUUGAAUUGUAGUCUAAAAUAAUAUACUGUAUUUUGCAUAGAGCUGAGCUCUUUCUAUCAUUGAAGAUGACGUUUAAUGUUUGCUACGAAUGUAAGAGCAUAUUUUUCCAAAUUUUAUAUACCAUAGUUAUAUUUAUGAAAAGUGUUGUGGUUGACUCGUAUUCAUCAUUGUCAUUAUGUUUACAUCGUCAUGCACAAAAAGAAAACAUAUAGUAAAAGAGCUGAAUGUAACUUAGUGUCUACUGUGCUGUACCAUUGAUCAUUCCCGUGAUUCAAUGGAAUUUCAACACAUCAUAGCUGUUAGGCUGUAACAUGUAUAUGUUAUACAUAUAACCUCCAUAUCCCACUGCAUACUUGAAGUCUUUAGAACACUGUGUUUACAUUAGAGUGUCUUAUCUGUCUGUUGUGAUUUACCAUGUGCACUUGAUUCAUGGGAGCACUAGAUUAAUGUAAAUAAUGUGACUUGUAUUCAGAUUGCACCUCUUUACUGUAUAUUCAUGUAAAUUAUCUAAGCCAUAGAUAAGGGUCCAGAAGUGGCAAUGUUAUUAUAAAUGUGUACAUCAUGUUGUCACGCACGCAGAAAGAUUGUGAUAUGUAUUUUCUCAGUGUUGAAUGCAAGUAUUUGUAAGGCAUAGAAAUAAAUGUUUUGCACUCAUAA